AGGCGCCGCCUUGGCCUUUUCCGCCUCGCUCCUUGUCCGCGCCGGGAGCUGCCGCAGAGCCGCUCCUCCGCCUGAGACUGCCCGCCGCCGACUCGGCCCGUCUUCGCCCGACGCCUUAGCCAUGAUUAUCUACCGCGACUGCAUCAGCCAAGAUGAGAUGUUCUCAGAUAUCUACAAGAUCACAGAAGUGGCUAAUGGCCUUUGCCUAGAAGUGGAGGGGAAGAUGGUGAGCAGGAAAGAAGGUGAAAUAGAUGAUGCGUUGAUUGGUGGCAAUGCAUCUGCUGAAGCUCCAGAAGGGGAAGGGACAGAAGCCACAGUUGUCACUGGCGUUGACAUUGUAAUGAACCACCAUCUUCAGGAAACAAGUUUCACUAAAGAGUCUUACAAGAAGUACAUCAAGGACUACAUGAAAGCAAUCAAAGCCAGACUUGAGGAAACAAAACCAGAGAGAGUAAAGCCAUUCAUGACGGGGGCAGCCGAACAAGUCAAACAUAUCCUUGCAAACUUCAAAAAUUACCAGUUUUUUGUAGGAGAGAACAUGAAUCCAGAUGGCAUGGUGGGAUUGCUGGAUUUCCGUGAGGAUGGAAUUACUCCUUUUAUGAUUUUCUUUAAAGAUGGAUUAGAUAUGGAAAAAUGUUAACAAGAGAUCUACCUUUCGGGAUCAUCUGUCAUCCUCAUCAUAAUUGGCUGCUGCUCUUUAUUCAUCAACAAAACAUCAUGACUCAACACUGUCUGAAAACUGGACUGAUGCCACUGAGCUUAAUUUGAUUUAUUUUGACCCUGAAUUAUUUGGAGUGGAGGCAUUGGUUUUUAAAAACUUUGUCAUGUAGGCUGUCUAAAAUAAAAAAACAAACAAACUCAUGUAAACCCAGUUUAGGUAAUGCCUCUUGGUUUAAAUGUGUUGAGCAGGGUUCUUCAGCAAGCUUCCUGUAGCUCUUAGGCACAUUUGGAUUUUUGACAUCAGUAGCGUAGCCUGCCUUUAAUGCAUGUGUAGGACUAUCUUCAAAUACUGGUGACCCUGGAAUUUGGAAGAUCAACCAGCCAUAAUUGAACUGCUUCGUAGACAUCGGAAAAUGACAAAUACAGAACGCUUUCAUUCUGAAGUGGACUUGGCUUCUUGCCAUUCAAGAAACCACAGUAGCUAGCUGGAGGACAAUCUUGGAAACCAUAGUGUGGCAACACUCUGUACUGGUUUGAGUUAUUAACCAAUUAAAGAGAGAAGGAUUUUUUUUCAGUUUGUCAUGGCAGAUUAGGACCAUAAGGCGUAGAAUCUGGAAGGUGAAUCCUUAGUGGCAGAAUGAAGCAUAUUAGGCAAGGCCAUACACGAGGCACUAUUUAUGCUGUAGUUUGAAAUAAUUGUGACUUCAAAUACAUAAGUAAUACUGUAAUAAGUAAUACAUAAGUAAUCACAGGA